AUGAUGAAACAUCUAAACUGUAGUCGAGUUAAAGUUUCAAUCAGAAGAGGUUAUCAACAAGAGAAAGGAACUCUAAUGGAGAACGUCUAUAGCAUCCAGCAUAUUUGCCUUCUUCUGGCAUCUGCUGUGGUCUUCAUAGCAGGACUAUUGAUCCAUUCAUUUAUCAUAGCUGUCAACAUCGCUGACUGCUGGAAUAGAAGGCCCAUGACGUCUGCUGAUCAAAUUAUCUUCUCUAUUGGGUUCUCUAGGUUGAUUCUACAAGUAUCGAGUCUUGGUGAUUUGUGUUUUACCAUUAUCUAUCAGAGUUUAUUCAGAUUGUUGAUAAUACAUGAAGCUAUGAAAUUCUUUUUUCAUUUAUCCAACAUCAGCAGCUUCUGGUUCUCAGCUCUUCUCUCCAUCGUGUUUUAUUUGAAGAUCUCCAACUUCAACAAUGUUUUCUUCUUACAGCUGAAGAACUUUAUAUUGCAGAAGGUUGUUCAUCUCAUAUUCACUUGUCUUCUAUUUUCCGGUCCAUACACUGUUGUCGGGGUAUGGUGGUAUCACAAUGAAGUUGUCAGCUUGGACAUGAAAAUCAAGAUGAACAUCACUGAAAAUAUCCAAUUAGGUUCAGACUUUCAUAUAUACUUCAUCACAGGGAAUGCAGUACCAUUCAUGGUAAGCUUCAUAUCAACCAUCCUUGUAGUGAGGAACCUGUGCCUUCACCUGAGCCGGAUGAGAGGCAAUAAUAAUAUAACUGCUCAUUUAGAUACUUAUUAUAUUGCAAUAAAAUCCACAGCCUCCUGUUUUGUGAGUUACACGUUACACAUCAUCUCCACUAACAUUAUCAUGACUUUUUACUUCUCUAUGGACAUGGUAGGUGUUUUUUGUAUUGACAACAUUUUUCCAGCAGUUCAUUCAGCCUACCUAAUAUUCAUCACCACAAGGCUGAGAAACCAGUUCUCCAGAUUCGUCCACCAUGGAGGAAGAUGUCUAUUCAACAUAGAAAGUCAUAAACAAAUCGAGAGAAUUAAUGGUCAGAAUGGCCAAGGAAUGGAAGAACCCGCCAAAUGUAAUGAAAAUAUACCCAUGAGCUGA